AUAUCGUUGAAAAAGGAACUGAGCUACUUGCUACAAAAAAGAACAAUGAAGAAAAAAUCGGUGACAAAAACACUCGAAACGACAUUGGAAAAAAGCGAAUAUUUCUGCGAGAAUGAAAUACUGCCGGAUCUUCGAGCACGCCAAAGAAUUACAUCGAGGGAAGAGAAGUCGGCGUAUCCAACUAUGAUUGGCCUGCCAUCUAUCAAUCCAAAAUCCGUAAUAGGAAAAUACUUUGUGGAAUACGCGAGUUCCGGAACGUUACACGGUUUGAAUCAUUUUGUCGCGCCAAAUAAACAUCCUAUUGAGAGAUUCUUAAUAUUGUUGUGCGUUGUUGGAGCUCUGGUGUGCUUGAUCGUUUUGUCGAAUAUUUUCUGGGAUCGUUAUCAGAAUAACGCCACGGUUAUCGUAAUGGAUAAUAAUCAAGAUUCGUUUAAAAUUCCACGAUGGUCUCUAUUCAUUUGCAUGACUCAGACUAUAGAUCCAAUGAAAAUGACGGAAGUGUUUAAAAAAUACGAUAUUAAAGACACACCAGAGGCAAGAGAGUUCUUCACCUUUCUCGGUACCGUCACUUACGAAAAUAUGAUGGAAACGCCUAUUUUCGACAAAGUUCCAGCGAACAAGUGGUUAGAGAUCCUUUACGAUUUAAAGCAAGAUAUAGGCUCGAACCUGUUGUCAGAGAAACCUUUUGAUCCUUACGAGACUUGGAUGGUGACAGAAAAAGGAUUGUGUCUCGUGUCAAGAAACGUGUUUGCAGUUUAUGCUACGUUGAACUAUUGGAAAAACGAUAAUUGGACCGCGAUUCCUGUACCAGAUAAUCUCCUGUAUUACAAUACGUCCAUGGACAGUUUAACAGAAAAUUUUAAUACACCUUACAAUGCUACGUUCACUGUGUCCGAUCCUUUCGAAUUGAUAACGUACGACAUUUCUAUGAUAAAGACACAACCGAAGAAAAUUUACAGAAAUACAAUAUUGGCGUCACAGAUUCAGACGAAACCUAAUGUCCAAGAACUUUCUAUUCAUCAAAGAAAAUGUAAAUUUUUCAGCGAUGGCGGUUUAAAAACGUGGCCAGUUUAUACAAAAAAUAUGUGCAUCAUAGAAUGCAGAAUGAAAGUGAUACAAGAUAAUUGCAAUUGCCGUCCCCAUUUUGCCAGGCCCAUUGACGGUGUAAACACGUGCAAUGCAACGCAACUUCGUUGCAUCGGUAAUAUAAGAAAGAAGCUUUUUCUAUACGAAUAUCCUUUUUUUUGCAAGUGUUUCCCAAACUGUAAUGUCGUUUCCUAUCAAAUCAGAAAUAUCGGAGAGACUAACAUAGAUCAAAUGGAUAUAAAAAUGAACGCAAUAAUUAUGAUUAUUGAACUUCCACGAAUCAUUUAUUACCGGUCAUUGUUAUAUGGCUUUACUGAUUUACUAACUAGUAUUGGAGGAGCAGCAGGAUUAUUUCUGGGAGCUAGUGUAUUAUCCUUUGUUGAAGUAUUCUAUUAUGGUACCAUUCAUUUGUGCUUCUAUAUGAAACGAAAUAGAAAAUCCAAAAAGACAACCAAAAUGUCUAAAUUAAUAUAGAGAGCUUAUUUCAUUUUUUUCUACUUUAUAAGGAAAGGACACGAUGUAAAAUAAAUAUCAUCACAUACAUAUAUAACUGUACACGCGAUAAGUCUAUGUCGCGUAAUGAUUGUACAUCAAUUUACAAAGAGAAUUAAGAACAGAAUUACAACUUCUGAAUGAAAACUUCUUGUUUUGAUUGAUUUUAACUUUCUUAUAUCAAUCAAUGAUAAAACAAUCAAUAAUAAGACUAGCUAAAAAGACGCUAAAAUAUCACUAAACGGAGUUCCAGGUUCUUUUGCUGCUGCUUCAAAAGUUUCCACGAAAGCCUUCUUUUGAGUUUCCUUAGAUAACUAUUGAAAAGAAUAUCAUUGUUAUUAAUAUCGUAGAAUUUAUUUAUAUUUUUAUUAUAGAAUUAUAUGCACCUUGCGAUAAAAAUCAGAAGCAGCAAUGCAUAAUAUCUUUUUAUCCUCGUAUUCGUGUUUUCCUAUUCUGGAUUGAAUAUAAGGAAAUCUGAAUAAAAAUGCUAAGGAAAUUUACGACAAAUGAACGGGUUAAUGAAAAAUUAUAAAAAAUACGGAAGGAUACAAUGCUCUUAACCAAUGAUUCGUAGAUGCACUAAU